GGGAAGGACCCGGCGGCUGCUGCGGAGGAUGCUAAGUUUGUGCUGGAUGCUGCUCCCGCUGGUUGUGGGAAUCCAUCCAGAAUGCAAGAUAUUCCAGCAGGUUGUCAAAGAGGAGGCUCUCUGCUUAGAAAAGAAUGAAUCUGUUUCACCUGAUCUUAAAGGAUGUGCCAGAGAUUGGGAUGGUCUAACCUGCUGGCCCAGAGCCACUGUUGGGGAAGUGGUUAAAGUUCCCUGUCCAAGAUUUUUUGAAGAAAUCACCAAUAUCCAUGGCUUCCUUCAGAGAAAUUGUACACAAGAGGCAUAUUGGUCAGAACCAUUCCCACCAUACACCGUUGCCUGUGGAUUUGAUGAAGGUUCCAGUAAAGGGCCCGAGGAUCAGAAAUCAUAUUAUUCUGCAUUUUGGCGUGUCUACACUGCUGGCUAUGCAGCAUCAAUGACUUCACUCAUUACAGCUCUAAUUGUCUUUGCUGCCUUCAGAAAAUUCCACUGUACACGGAAUUACAUCCAUAUGCACCUGUUUGUCUCCUUUAUCCUGAGAGCAAUUGCUGUUUUCACCAAAGAUGCUGUUUUGUUUGCAGAUGAAACUAUGGACCACUGCCUAAUGUCAACGGUUUCUUGUAAGGCUGCUGUGGCAUUCUUUCAAUUCAGUAUUUUAGCCAAUUUCUUCUGGCUUCUCAUAGAAGGGAUAUACCUGCAAACACUGCUUUUGCUGACCUUUGUUUCAGACAAGCAGUAUGUAUGGUGGUUCAUAUUUACUGGCUGGGGAGCUCCCACUGCAGUGCUGUUUGCUUGGGUCCUCACAAGAAUCCAUCGACAAAAUACUGGAUGUUGGGAUGAUGACGAGAAUGGAGUGGUGUUAUGGAUCAUCAAAGGCCCCAUUCUGCUAACAGUAUUAGUUAACUUUAUUAUAUUUAUCAAUGUGAUCAGAAUUCUAGUCCAUAAAUUGAAGUCUCAAGAGGGAGGAGGGAGCCAUUCAAGCCACUUUGUGAGACUUGCAAAAUCCACGUUACUCUUGAUCCCCCUCUUUGGAGUACACUACAUUGUAUUUGCAUUUUUCCCAGAAAGCACUGGUCUGGAAGCUCGCCUUUAUAUUGAGCUGGGAUUGGGUUCUUUUCAGGGUUUUGUUGUCGCUCUUCUAUAUUGCUUCUCGAAUGCAGAGGUUCAAAGUGAACUGAAGAAACAACUGUGCAAAUGGCAGUAUCAAGAAUACCUGAACUUCACACACAAACACAGGACUUUGUCCAGAGAAAACAGUCCAGUCAACUAUGUCACUCAGUUAUCACUGCUUGAAAAAAUCAGUCCAAAAAGGAAAACAUCUGGGUACCAGAAUGGUGUAACUUCUGUCUGAGCUUUUCUAGCAGGACACGUUGCUGUGAUGUUGUAACAUAACUACCUAAGACAUGGCCAGCCUGGAUCCUUUAUGUCUUUCCAUAGUGUCAGGAGCCUUCCCUGAAUUUCUUGUCCCGAAUGUGAGCUGCUUUUCUCACCUGGUACAGACCAGUAUCACAACCCUGGUUCUCUCUCUCCUUGAGCACGUAAAAUCCACUUGUUUAGUUGUGGAAAGCCAGACCUUGAGCUAAUAGAUUAACACCCCCAAAAAAAGGAACUAUAAUUCCUCCCACACCCAGUGUUUGUCAUGUCUUUGUUAAUGUUUCCCAAAUAUUCCAGUUUUCAAGAGCAUUAUGCCUAAUCUUAAUUAGAAACAGUUAUGUGGUGGCAAAGCUUUGCCAUAAUGCUUAGUGAUGUAUUACUAGUUGUUUUGAGACAACUUGAGACAAUUUAAUGGAAAUUACAUACAGAAACUUGCUGAGUAACCGCUUUUGGAAGGAAUCUCAAGGUAUUUCAAGAGUGACACAAAAAAAGAACAAGUUACAUUAUCUGCUUGGGUUUUUUUCUUCCGCUCCUGGUGAAUAGCAAGAUUAAAUUAGUCCAGAGGACCCCAAGCCCUUUCUUGUCGAUGGAAAACAUGGAGUAGUUGAUCAUUAGGUAGAUUAUUUAAAUAUGAAGGAAGAACACAGAGCAAGCCCAAUGCAGUAUGCCAGCUGCGCUACCUUGAGCUCAGAAUAAUUUACAGUCCUAGUCUUAGUGCCCAGACACUUGCCCUUGUGUACCUGGAACAGACUUUCUGCCACCUAACCUUGAAGGUUGGCUGUAUCCAUCGGUGAAAUAGAAGAUUAAACUGUGCUAUUGUGCUUUUUUGGGGACCUUCUUUUGAGGACUAAUCUGGUGUGAUUCCUGUAGUUAUCUCAGUCCUGUCCAUCAUUUCUCAGCUCAUUAUCACUCCACUCAAUUAUGUUUCUGGGUUCAGAAUUAUCAACACAACAUUGUGGUCUAGUGAAGCAAAAUACGGUCCAGUGAAACAGAGUGAACAAAUGUGCUCGCAUCACUUAUUUGGGUGGCCUUACUCUUUCUUCAGAACUCAGUUGGACACUACCUCAAACUCUCCAAAAGUAAAGAAAGGGCACACAAGGUACACUGGACACAUCUCUAUUUCCUUUCAAGAUAGUACCAUCCUCAGGAGAACCUGCAUCCAAACCUGAAAGCACUGCUAGAGAUCAUGGUCAUUCAAGUACAUGGUGGUUUUCUGUGAACUGCUAUAUCACUUUAGCUUUAAAAAGUAGUGCUCCAGUCUCUUGUUUUGCUGUAUUCUUGGUUAAAUAUUUAGGCCAGGGGACAUUUGACUCUGUUCAUUUUAGGUGCUUCAUUUCUCAUUCCAUUAUUAGAGCAGAAAUGAAUUGUUCAGAUUUCUAUAUGUAUAAUUCAAAUCAGUCCUUUAUUAGUUAGGCAUUUACCCCACUUUUCCAAUGAAUCAGAUGCCCUCUAUAACGUGUCAUUUUGUCUAUUCUGAGCUCCUUAUUGGUUUUCCUUAUAAAAGUAAACCUUGCUCCUGAGUUGUUGCCUAGCAUAGUGAUGUGAACACAUUUGUAUGAUGUACAUCUAUAAAAUGCAAGUGAUAAUUACAGAUGGUUUGAGAGAGUAAUUUUUAAUUACAUUAUGUCAGUUUGGAUGUUUCAUUUGAGGCUUUAUUUUAAAAGAACAGUUGUAUAAUUGUGUUUACUCUAGAUACUGUUUUGAAACCAAUGGAUGUAUACAAUUUUGAC